AGGAGGGGGAGGAGGAGGAGGAGGAGUUGGAGGAGCAGGAGGAGGAGGAGCAGGAGGCCCUCCGUCGGCCAGAGCACACAGAACGCCCAAGGGCACCCUCCCAAGGGAUGCACGAGACGCCCAGCAAACACGGGGAGCACCACGCAUUGGCGCGCACGGCUCAAUCAUGUCGGCGAGCACCCGUGCGGAGCGUCCCCGCGGGGGCCCCCGCGGUCGCCCCUGGCUCGCCCUCGCAAGCUCUGCAGGGAAAUCGGAGGGCCGAGCUACCCUAUCUAAUCAUAUUGCUCGCCUGUAGAAUAAAGAGCCGCUGCGGCAUCCUGGAGAACGGGCGGGUCUCGCCGCUGCUCAGGCAACACAGACUGAAUAUAACUUAACCUGACCCGCGGUGCAUGCGGGCAGUGGCGCUGGGACCACGGCAGAAAGAGGAGGGAGGAACGGGACGGUGGCAAGAGAGGGCUGAUGGCCGUGACGAGGGCGCCCCAGGAUGGAGCGAGCAUUGGCGCGCACGGCUCAAUCAUGUCGGCGAGCACCCGUGCGGAGCGUCCCCGCGGGGGCCCCCGCGGUCGCCCCUGGCUCGCCCUCGCAAGCUCUGCAGGGAAAUCGGAGGGCCGAGCUACCCUAUCUAAUCAUAUUGCUCGCCUGUAGAAUAAAGAGCCGCUGCGGCAUCCUGGAGAACGGGCGGGUCUCGCCGCUGCUCAGGCAACACAGACUGAAUAUAACUUAACCUGACCCGCGGUGCAUGCGGGCAGUGGCGCUGGGACCACGGCAGAAAGAGGAGGGAGGAACGGGACGGUGGCAAGAGAGGACCCACCAGCCAUACAACGUGGAGCUGGCGAGGAGGGCGGAAAGCGUCGAGAGGCAAACUUGGCGCGUGCGAGCCUGCUGCGGCAAGUAGCACGAUAAUUGCUCAGGGCCUACUCGAACACUGAAAACUCGGCCAAUGCCGACUCGGCCAGAGAUGUGGUCAACAAGUUCAUCAUGCAAAAUGGCCCGAUUAUGUAACCACCGCCAUGAAAGCCGGCUAGAAAGCAGCGCGCGAGGAGCCACUGGGAGAAACAGAUGGCCUCAUCUUGAGGGCGCAGCAUAAGACACUGAGUAAGCUGAUCAAAAACCUACUUGCGCAGGCAGGCAAUCGGGAGCAGGAGUUGUGAUGAGUCAUCAUGGCAUCAUGCGCCGCUCAACCUCCCGCCAUGGAACGAGCGGCGCCCGGCACGGGACGCCGCAGCUCGACGCGAACGGCCACCGUCAACACUGGGGCCUACCACCUCGAGCGCUGCGCCCCGCCCCUGCCCUGGCAGGACCGCCGCUGGACCCGAGGAUGACGAGGAGAAGGCGCGGCAGCAAGCGAAAAGACAAGGUCCGAUCCGCACGGAACCUUAACUGCGCCAGCCGGCACCCAGACCGUCGGCGCACAUCUCAGAAUUAUUCCGUGGACAAUCGCCCUCGCCGAGGCACGUGGUGAGCCCGCGGUGGCCACGCGGCGGGUUCAGGCGACGGGGGGCGGGAACAAGUUAUCGAAACACGUCCUUCCGCCAGGCCCCUCAGCUGCACCACGGGCACUCCAGAUGCGAACACCUCGGCCACUGACCCCAGGAGCUAUCCCGUAGGUGAGCAGGUGCGACAGGCGAUGCGUCGAGACUCGGCUGUCC